UGUCCCACGGACACAGCAGAUCACCGAUCAACAGAAAGACCCGAAGAUGGGACAUGUACACUGAUCAUCAGGGCACUAAUGAUCAGUGUGCCCUGAUGAUCAGUGUAGCCCCAGCAGUGCCACCUGUUAGUGUCCAUCAAUGCCAGCUGUCAGUGCUCAUCAGUGCCACCUGCCAGUGCCCAUCAGUGCCACAUCAAUGCCACAUAUCAGUGCCUACCAGUGCACAUUAAUGCCACAUAUCAGUGCCCAUCUGAGCUGCCUUUCAGUGUCACCUAUCAGUACCAGUCAGUGCCACCUAUCAAUGCCAGUCAGUGCCACCUGUCAGUGCUGUCAAUUAGUGCCACCCAUCAGUGCCAGUCAG